AUCGCCACUGCUGGGCAUAAUACUCGAGGCGGCGGUGAUAAGAAGACAGCAACAACGACAAUGGUUUCCAACACAUCGCCGCCCAAGAAAAUACGAAAUAUUCAUAAUUUAAUCAUCAAAACCGAUGACGCCUUCUUCGAAAUCGACGACGACGAUGACUUCUCCAGCCCCAGCUCCCCUCCCUCACCAACGUCCAACACUCCCCUGAUUACUGUACCUCUGCCGCCAAAGUCUGCACCGCCCUUCCCAACUCAGCCUGCCCCAACGAUAAAUGGAGAUGUGUACCCUGCGUCUGGGACCGGAACACCUACAAUAUUAUCAAAUGGAACCCCACUUGGUCAAGGUAGAAUGUCCCCGGCCCAUUCUGCAUCUAACCUGAUAAACGAGUCCCGUCUCCAACAAAGUCUCUCCACCCCAUGUAACGGCUCCGAAGAGGAAGUCUACGGUAGCAAUAGCCAACGUAAGGACUCCGAAUAUCGAAGAUUCAAAUCUGAAGGCUCCACUGCUGGAGCAAGUUUACCGGCUGCUGAAAAAGUUCACAUGGAUGAGUUGUCUCCAGUGGACCAGCGAAUCACAUCGGGCACAACAAGAUUCUCUUUGACACAACAGGAUUCGGUGGUGAAUCCAUCGGUGAUCACGAAACAGUCAAAUACGGAACAUCAGAUGAUGAUGGCGAUGAAGACCAAACUAUCCAAGUACCAACUUUUUGUGGAUAGAGCAUUCGAGCUAAUCUCUCAUGUGCCUGCGUCGGAUGAGAAAAUCAUUGAGGGCUGCACAAUAUGCAUCAAAAUAAUGAAAAAAGCAUGGGUGACACCAAAAGUGUCAUGUGACCUAGUCAACGGUCUUUGUGACUACCUUCGGGAUCGUGACUACUUUGAUAAGCUCAUCAAAAUGUUCACAAGUACCUCUGGAACGUCUUGUGAUCAAGUGAAGCUGUCCUGUGGAAAAGUUCUGGAGGAAUGCAUGUUUGGAGCCAAUCAGGACUUUGUUGUGAAUAAGAAUUACGUCAAAAAGAUAAUGACGGUUGCCAUGAAGAUGACAAAGACGCCGGAUCAACAGAGACUGAGUUUGAGUUUGAUGGAGAGUUUGUUCAAGCACAGUAAUGCAGUUUCGUUAAGAACCCCCUCUGAAUGUUCCGGUGCCCUUGCUACUAAUCCAACAAGAAAAACUAAAUACCGUAAAAUAGAAGGGCCCCACACUGUAGAGCUUAAGCUCAAUUAUCUCGGUUCCUAUCAGAGAUAUUAA